AGAAAGACGAGGAGGAAGAGGAGGAGAGGUGACAGGAGGUAGGAUGGAAGGAGACAUGACGGGGGCUUCACAUUGGGGUAUGGAAACAGGCAUGGAAACAGGCAUGGAAACAGGCAUGGGAACAGGCAUGGAAAUGAAUACGGGAACAGGUAUGGUGCAGCAGGAUAGCCACAGUAUAGGAGGUAUGGGACGAGGGGUGGAAAGAGGUAUGGUUAGAGGUUUGGGGGAAGGCAUGGGAGAAGGCAUGGGAGGAGGCAUGGGAGGAGGCAUGGGAGGAGGCAUGGGAGGAGGCAUGGGAGGAGGCAUGGGAGGAGGCAUGGGAGGAGGCAUGGGGAGAGGUAUGGUAAGAGGCUGGGGAAGAGGAAUGGGACGAGGUAUGAUGAGCACAGGAGGGGAUACAGGAGGAGGGUUGGGAGGAGGGUUGGGAGGAGGUAUGGGAGGAGGUAUGGGAGAAGGACUGGGGGGAGGAAUGUGGGGAGGCAUGGAGGGAGAUAUGGGGGGAGGUAGGGGGGGAGGUACGGGAGAGUGGGGGGUGAUGGGGUCAGAGGAUGGUGAAUCAAUGAUGAUGAUGAUGAUGAUGGCGGGAGACGUGGGAGAUGGAGGAGGGAUGAGAGGAGGGGGAGGUCUGAAAGGAGGAGGAGGAGGUGGAGGGAUGGGAGGAGGGGGAGGGAUGGGAGGAGGAGUAGGAGGCGGAGGGAUGGAAGGAGGAGGGAUGGGAGGAGGAGGGAUAGGAGGAGGAGGAGGAGGAGGGGUGGAAGGAGGAAGAGGAGGAGGGAUGGAAUGUGGAAGAGGAGGAGGAAGUAUGGAAGGAGGAAGAGGAGGAGGAGGGAUGGGAGGCAGUGCAGGCAUGGGUGGCAUGGCGAGUGACAUGAGUCACAGGGCUACCAUUAAUACAGCCAUGGGCGGCGGCACCUUCAAUAAUACCAUGCCGCCGGAGUACAUGCCGAGCAUGCCUGAGCCCAUGCAUGCACGCAUGCCCCAUCCCAUGGGUGCGCACAUGGGUCCACGCAUGCCGCAUCACAUGAGUUCCCACAUGCCUGACCCCCACAUGCAUGCGCCCCACAUGCCGGACCCAUGCAUGCAUGCACGGCCCCAUAUGCAUGCGCCCCACAUGCAUGCGCCCCAUAUGCAUGCGCCCCACAUGCAUGCGCCCCACAUGCAUGCGCCCCACAUGCAUGCGCCCCAUAUGCAUGCACCCCAUAUGCCUGAGCCCCAAAUGCCUGAGCCGGGGGACGAGCUGAAUGACUUGUUUGCUCCGAUGGAGGGCUGCGCCUCAUUCGAGGGCCACCAUGCCAUGGGGAGGCGUGAUUCUUUCGGACAACAUGAAAGCGUAACAGCAGCACCACCACCACCACCACCAGCAGCAGGAGCAGCAGCAGGAGCAGCAGCUGCACGCCAGGUGUCCGUUACUCAUUCCUCCUUGCCCCCAUCCACACGACAUCCGUCCUCCAUCCCCCAUUCAUCCUCCUCUGUUCCUCACACCAUCCCUCCACUGUCCUCCAUCCCUCCACUUUCCUCCAUCCCUCCACUUUCCUCCAUCCCUCCACUGUCCUCCAUCCCUCCACCUUCCUCCAUCCCUCCACUUUCCUCCAUCCCUCCACUUUCCUCCAUCCCUCCACUUUCCUCCAUCCCUCCACCUUCCUCCAUCCCUCCACCUUCCUCCAUCCCCCCCACCACCUCCCUCGGCUUCUCAGAACAUUCCUCCCGCCUCCAUCUCUCCCUCUCCGCCUUCCCUCCCUCCGCCCUCACUUCUGUGCAUGCUUCCACUCCGUCCCAUGGCACUCGCUCCCCGCUUGGCACGGGGAUGGGAGGAGGGUUCGGAGAUAUGGGUACAGGAGGUGGUGGUGUGUCUUUCGCCGGUGACGCAUGCGCACCCACCCUAGAUCUUUUGAAAUAGUGCCCACUCGUCGGUUUGGGCCUGCAAUGAGUCUCUCAACUGCUCAAAGGAUAAGCACAUGAAAAACACGACUUGUUUAUGUAGGGGGUGCAUUCAAUUAAUACACAUGUUUUGUGAGUACAUAUCCUAUCCACAUUUGGGCCACUGAAAUUUAGCGCCCUUUCUCCUCUUAACAGUUUCUGAUGUGCAGAGUUCAGUAUCUCACAGUAGAAAUGACGGAUACAGGGGAAUAUGUGGUUGGGUGUUGUACUC